UUGUGAGUUGGUCUUGCAUGCUGGCUGUUGCUUUGUAAAAUAGGGGGAAUAUAGCGUAUCUACCUGCUUCAUGGUACCAUUGAAAACAGAGUGAGGAAAGCAACUCUCAAGUGAAGCUCGCAGAGGAAAACGAUGGUUGGGAAAAAACACCAAGAGAAUCAUCUUCAAGAAAUGUGCUGCCAAGCAUUUUGCCUUUGCACCACUCACAUUAGCAGCUGUCUGUAAUCCACCGCUCAGUGAGUGAGACAAGCAUACCGGUCUAAUGCUCAGCAUAUACCAAGCAUGAGGGAGACAAAAUAUAGGGAGUUCGGGUCGUUCAACACAAGCGUUGCCUCGUUUCCCUUUCGCUUCAGUACGAAAUCGUCUCUGCGCUCGUGAUAUAGUCUCUCUCUGCUUGGCUCUGUGGUGUUCCCAAUUUUUCCACUUCAAGUACUCUUUUGGAAUAUUGUGUGUUGUGUUGGCUAUUGUCAUGACGCCAGCAUUAAAUGUCGAUAAAUUCAUUGAGGAUAUUAAAAAUCGACCGGUAUUAUGGCAUCGGGACUAUCCAAAAGUUGUGAAGGCAUUGCAGGAAGCUUGGACGGACAUCUCAAUUUGCCAUGGCAUUCCACAACGCUUACUGAAGACAAAGUGGAAGACACUCCGUGAUACGUUCCGUGUUGAAAUGAAGAAAAUACCCCGAACUGACGAUGGCGAAUUUGCAAUUCCACCACAAACUUACCAAUCUCAGUGGGUACACUACAAACAAAUGAGUUUCCUAGCUGGACAAAUGAGACUUCGUGAUCCACCACAAGAAGAUCUAUCCGAUCCGGUUAACUACAAUAUUGGCUACCCUAUGGAAGAUCAUGAUGGUCAUCAUGGCUACUCUAUGGAGUACGACGAAACGACCUAUGAAGAUUCAAAGGAACUUUUGAGGCAGCAACUUGAAGAGAAGCCUCGUCCUAUGACGCAUUCUCGUAGGCCUGCAUCUAAGUCUAAGGCUUCGUCUAAGAAAAAAGCUCGACAUUCGGCGCCAGCCUCAACGCCAUCUAGGGUGUCUUCAAGGCCAAAGCCCAAACCCAAACCUAAACCACCAAGUCCUAAACCAACCAUCACAACAACAACAUCAGAAGUUACGGCGCCUUCACCUAGGCUCAAUGAUGAAGACUCUCAAGGAUCAGGUGGUGCAAGUCCAAAGGACGAUGAUUACUACUUCCUAAUGAGCCUACAUCCCUAUAUGCAGCAAUUGAAGCACGCUCAGAAACUUCAAGCUCGCAUGGAAAUACAGAACAUUGUUUUCAAGCGACUCUACAGCCAGGGAGACUUUUAAAGGAAAACCCUAAUUGAGAUGCGAAACCCAAGACUAGGUCAACCAUAAAUUGGGUUACGCAAAAUCAAUAUUAUUUUCUUUUCUAGGAUAUCCAUAACCUUAAUUUAAUAUUCUUUCAGAUAUAUCGUUAACUCCGUUAACUCUAUUUUCUAUGUGUAUUUUGUAGUUUUCAUAAAGACUAAGGUCAUAUCUUCACUUAGUUUUCCCAAAGUCAUUAAUUCGAAGUUAUAAGUUUUGUCACAUGAAUUAUCUUCGUAACAAUGAAUUUUGUAAUUCGAAAGAACAAAGCAAUUUAGGUGAAGAAGUGUCCCUAAAAAAUCUCUGCCAUUCAUAAUAAAAUGUACUUGACACAAAAAAUUUGACUACUCGUUGACUUCAAGAUAAGUCUACGAAGCAUUUUCCUGCAGUACUUUUAGCAUAGUUAAACAUUUUGGCCAAGCUAGGAAAUAUGUCACCUUAGACUUAUAACACAACAACAAACUAUGUUGUAUCUAAAAAUAGAUUAUGAAUUCAAGAUAUGCGCCUGUAGUGUUAAUUGUGUGUGCAUCACUGUAUAAGCUAGAACACAAUUGAAUUCUUUCAAUUUUGUGUUUGGAAAAAAAAAUAAAAAAAAUAAAUUGAAAUGAAAAUGA